CGAGCUCCCUUCCACAGGAUGUGUCGACGAAUGGAACUGCAGGCAACAACACGUCUCACUUGAAGAAGCUGUCGUUUGAUUCAUGGGAUGACGAUGCUGAUGACCAUGAACUACAAGAGGACACGGGGGACUUGUCGUAUUCGUCGCGCAUGGAGGAGUUCAUGGAUGACUCGGAGGGUGAAGUGCAGGGCAGCCGGGGUCAGGAAGACGACGGCGACGAUGACGAUGCAGACGAGGGCUUCGUCUAUGAAGGAGUCGAUGCCGGCGCUUCAGGAAGUGGGGGAUAUCGAGACCGGUUGCGGGACAUACUUGGAUCGGAACAUGCUCCCGAAGAUGACGAGCUCGAUGAGAAGGAGGUCGAGAAAUCGUUAUUACACGACUCGGAAGAUAAGAUCUCAGGUGCUCUGAACGGGCGGGAGAUACCCCAUGUCCAGGUUUCUAGAGACGAUACGCCAUCUACGCCAUCUGUAUCGUCGCCUACGCGCCUGUCGCCGUCAAGAAUGGCAUCCCCAGGGCCCACAGGUGUUCCGGGCACUCCCUCUCGGCAAGUAAGACCGUUUCUGCACCCUACCAUAUCCCGACUGCGCUCGUUCACUCCUCAAGCAUCUCGGAAUCCGUCUACUACAGGGAGUGCUAUAACUCUCCAGUCUUACGGGCACGGUGCUGCGUCACCUGCGCCAUCUCACUUCUCAGCGAUUUCUCGGUCUAGCACACCUUCAACCCUCGACCAGUAUACGGAACGACCAGGGGUCACAAAUCACCAGUCCGAAGCCGACAGACAGGUGUUCAAGUGGACUGUCUUGCAGACUAUCUCGGAUCUGUUAUUCGCCAAAAAGUUAACGCAAAAGGCGGCAGCUGUGCUAGGUUCUCCGUCCCUCGGAUCGCCUACGGUCAUGGCGGCGAACGGAUUGAUUUGCAUAGGCACGGACUCGGGAAGGAUAGUUGUAUUCGAUUUCAAGCAGUCCUUAAAGGCUGUAUGCGGGAAUGAAAGCUCGGCGGCGGCCGUUGGACCUGUCAGUGCGGUAGCGCUGUCUCACGACCAUACUUACGUCGCAGCAGGCCAUGCCUCGGGCCAUAUCCAACUCUACGAUCUGUCAAAGCCGCAAACUGCAGCCCGCUUCGUUGCACCGACUUCAAUCCCUGCUGUCGUCUCCGGGCGCCAAGAAGGGCAUCUCUUGGGGUCUCGCAUCGUGUCAGUGGGCUUUGUGGCUGGCAGACAUACUGCGAUUGUCUCUGCGGAUGAGAGCGGGCUCGCGUUCUUUCACAGUCUAGGAAAGGUACUGUUCGUAGAGGCGAGUGAUAUCCUGAGGAUCCUGGGCAAAUAUCCGGAAGAAGAUCCUGUGACCGAUUUGAGUCCGGAAGCGACCGGUCUUCGUCCGGGACCACUCGCGAAUGGCAAUGGGGCGUUCGGUCAUACAUUUCGACGACGUCGCCUGCGCAAGUCCAACACUAUACUGUCGAUGGCUACAUUGCCUUUGGGUACUGCGCCUCACCCCACCGAUGCCUACCACAUCGUGGCCAUGCUAACCCCCGUGAAACUUGUUAUCGUGGGUCUGAAACCGACGCCUAAAACUUGGUUCCGGCGUCAUCGAGAGGAUCCUGACGAGAAAGGAGUCAGGUCUAAAUGGAAAGGAACGUUGGCGUGGUGGCCUAGCGUGACGCGUGCCGGGGAUGACGGCGCCAAUUCGGGUAAAGGCAGAGCAGGCAGCGCUCUAUUUCCAACCGAUCCGAUCCUGGCGUACUCGUGGGCAGAUACACUGUACUUAUUACGAGUCACUGAGACGAAAGCCUCAUCAAAGUUGAAGAAUCCUCGCAAUGGCAAGACAAAUACAGUGGAAGUCGGCACUGUCACGUUUGCGGAGGUGCGCAGCUGGACGACGGCGAGUAACGCAGACGUGCUUGCUCUGCAGUGGUUGAACGCCAAUCAAAUCAUCGUCGUAACGCCACAUUCACUCGAGGUGCACGAUGUCCGGUCCUCGAAAUUGAUAGAACGGGCAAGUUUUGAUGCGUCACUACUGAUAUCGCCGACCCUGGGUUAUACGGUGAAUGGCAUGGUGCCAUACGCAGACUCCGUCAGCGAUAUCGCCCAUAGUGUGCGGGUAUACAAGGGUAAAGUGUUCCUCCUUGGUCGACAAGACGUAUCUGUCGGGACCCUCUUGACCUGGGCUGACCGGAUACUCCACCUUGUGCAAGAGGGCGACUUCUUAUCUGCCAUCGAAUUAACGAGGACUUACUACACUGGUGAAGCGCCCGGGAAUCGGAAUGGUCUCCCUGAUACACCAGAACAAGUCAAGGAUGUCAUCGGUCAAAAGCUUCGGGAUCUGAUGACUGCUUCGGCUCGUUUUGCGUUCUCCGAGGAGCGGCUGGUCGAAACACAUAUGACGCCCGAUGGGCGUGGUGUCGACCGAACCACCCUUUUCGAAGGCCUCGUGCAGACUUGUGCACGCGCAUGCAAGGCGCUUGAUGAUUUCGACUUCCUGUUCGAGGACCUGUUCCAAUAUUAUGAUGACUGCGGCAUAGCGCGGAUGUUCCUUUUUCAACUGGAAACGUUCGUGCUGAGUGGCGACGUUCGAUACGUACCCCCUCGUAUUACUCAGCGACUUGUCGCCAUGCAUGACGAUGACCAGAGGCCAGACUUAGUAGAGCGUGUCAUAUGGCACAUAGAGCCCGACUGCCUCGACAUCAACCAAGCUGUCCGCUUGUGCAAGACGCACCAGCUCUACGACGCUCUCAUUUACCUGUACACUCGUGCUAUGCGUGACUACGUGGCUCCCGUCGUCGAACUGAUCUCACUUGUGAGGAAGGUCAUGCAAUAUCGCAGAGCAAGGAUGGAGACGUCCUCCCCAUCACAAGAGGCCCAAAUGUCGAUGGACGAUUUAGAUAUUGAGCCGAUCAUUCUCAAUGCCUACAAGAUCUAUCCAUACCUCGGGGAUGUCUUGUCUGGACUCACGUACCCGAGCGAGGAACCUCUGCCCGAAGACGAAGCUCUGUCAGCAAAGAAUGAUGUUUAUUCGUUCUUGUUCUUCGGCCGAUCCAGCGUCUGGCCUUCCGGCGAAGGUGGAAAACUCGUCCUCACUGCGGAGGAAGAUGGAGGCGUGGAACCGACGUAUCCCUAUCUUCGUCUGUUGCUGCGAUUUGACUCCGAAGCAUUUCUGCACUCUCUGGACCUAGCAUUCGAGGACUCAUACCUGAAUGACGAAACAGAAGGUAUAAGCAGGAUGAUCAUAAUCAACAUCCUCUUGGAAGUCUUGUCAUCUCCUGGGCUUUCGCGGACUGACAUCACGUUUGUCAACAUAUUUGUUGCUCGGAAUAUUCCGAAGUAUCCUCAGUACAUUCUCAAGUACACAUCCCCAAGUGUCAUGCAGAGCGUAUUGGUUGGCCUCGCUGAAGAUCCAGAUGAGAGCACCCGUGAAGACCGUCAGUUGGCCGCGGAGUAUUUGCUGUCUGCUUAUACUCCGCACGAUAGCAACGCUAUUCUCGAUCUAUUCCAGAAGGCCGGGUUCUAUCGUAUCCUCAGGUCUUGGCAUCGACACGAAGAACAAUGGGCUCCUUUGUUCCUGGCAUAUCUCAACGACCCUGAGCUGGACAGUCAUGAACUCUUUGAGGGCAUACGGGACGUUAUGGCGAACGCUCAGCGAAGAAAUGCAGGAUCGGUUCCUCUGGAUUUACUUGCCGUUGUCUCUGAUGCCAUCCCUCGCCUUCUACAGCUCAGCAUUGCCCGCACAGCUUCUGUGAUCGAUAUCUAUGUGCCUGACCUCCACGCAGAUGCAGCGGAUGCAAUGUCUACUGAGGAUCAAGAAUAUGCUUGCUUCCUGUAUUUGCGCCACUUGCUUGGACGGCCAACGGGUGAAGAUCACCAGACCAAGUGGCGAGGCGCACCGUCAUCACAUGUACCGCCUUCGUUACGGCAACGCUACAUCGAACUGCAUUGCCAGUAUGACCCUGCCAACGUCAUAGACUCCUUACAGUAUCUUCCGGCAGGCUACGUUGACCCAGCAGAUGUCGUGCGGACCUGCGAGAAAAAUCAAGUCUAUGAUGCAGCAGUAUGGGCAGCCAGCAUGGAAGGGGAGGCGGCAUCGUCUUUGUCGAAGGUUCAAUCUUUCGAGACCAAACUCGCGAGUCAGAUAAACAGUCUAUUGACUACAAGAGAAGGCGAAAGCACAUCUCUUGAAGAGCUGGAGAAACUGAUUACUGCUCUCCAGUCUAUUGGUCGAGCUGGCAUCGCAGUCUGCACGGCCUACGCAGGGCAGAACUCGGGAGAGAAAGCUUCUCUUGAAGAUGUCUGGUUUCAGCUGCUACGCAGUCAGAUUGACUGCGUACAGAAUGUGUCCUCCUGCUGCACUGCGCAGGGAAACGAUGUGUCAGGGACAGGGGGACGGAUUUUGUCCUCCUUACGUUCUCUAGUCCAGGAGACGUUCACAGCAUUGAUGGCCGCCAGUUCCACGACUGAUGUGUCAUUCCCUCGGUUGUUCAAACGUCUGGUCGAUUCUUCCACCGGAGCAAAGAGAAUGAAGGGUAUUCCAUACACAGAGUUCAGAGCAAUACUCACCGGGAUGCUGGAAUCGUACCGAAGCGAUGGAGACAUGCUAUUGAUAACGAAACACCUAAUCGACAGAGAUGUUUUUGAGACCACCGAGGAGCUAGUCCGUGAACGACUAAAAGGUUGGUCCCCAGAAAAGGGUAUUUGUCGAGGGUGUCGUAAGGCGCUUUCGGGUGACAAGAAUCAGCCUCAGAUGGUUCAACAGGGAGAGCAGGAGAGUAUUUUAGUUUCACGGACAGGAGCCAUAUACCAUAGUAGAUGCCAUCCUUCCGACUCUAUUACGAUAACUGUAUAG